AAGGCCGCCGUGGCGACGUGCGUCUGCCGCCUGUUCGGCCUCAGCGUUGCCAUCUCCCAGCAGAUCGGGCUGCUGCUGUGCCAGGCCGGCGAGUUCUCCUUCGUCAUGUUCAGCAUCGCCCGCGACGUGGGCGUCUUCACGCCGGAGCAGGCGAAGCUGCUGCUGACCGUCACGAGCAUCAGCAUGGCGUGCACGCCCUUCGUGUCGGGGCUCGGGCAGGACCUGGCCCGCUGCCUGUCGCAGAGAGCGACCCCCGACAUGCAGACGGAGCGGUACGUGCAGGAGGAGAAGGUGGAGCGGGCGCGAGUGGUCGUGUGCGGCUACGGGCGCGUGGGAGAGCUCAUCACCGACAUCCUCGACACCAAGUUCAUCCCGUGGGUCGCCUUCGAUAUCAGCCCCGCCGUGGUGAGGGCGGCGCGCGCCAAGGACCUCCCCGUGUUCCUCGGCAGGCACCCCGACCCCGCCCACGCCUGGUGCAGCACGGUGUCCAACUCGCAGAUCGCCGUGGUCACGCCCUCGGACAUCACGGCGUCGACGGCGAUCGUCCAGGCGAUGCGCGCGAACUGCCCCGAGAUGGCGAUCAUCGCACGCGCCACCUCGGAGACGAGGGCGAAGACGCUGAUGCAGUGGGACGCCCUCCCCGUGGUCGCGGGCCUGCCCGAGGACACCGUGCUCAUGAACCUGCCCAUCGGCGCCACCGUGCUGCAGGCCCUGGGCUACGCCGUGGAGGACUCGGAGGCAGUCAUCGACGACAUCCGCCAGGAGACUGCGGG